AUGAGCUCAGCGUCUCAGGAGGAGGCAGAGCGCUCGGCCGGGUUCGGCGAGCAGCUGCGCGGCUGGCAGGUGGCCGUGCUCUCCCAGACACCGGCGCAGCUGCAGGCCGUCAAACUCGACUGCUGCUGCGAGCUGCGGCGGCUGCUGCAACGGCUGCCGCAGCUGGCACGCGCUCAGCAGGCCGGCUGGCGGCUGCUGAGCGACCAGCCGGCCCGCGCGCGCCUGCUGAGCUCCUGGCACGCCGUGGAUCUGUACGAGGUGGUUCAGCUGACACUGGGAGCCGCCCACCACGCCGACUUCUACUGCGUCACCAACGCCGCGUCCGAGUUCGAGGGUCUCCUGCAGUCGGACUCGGGGCCCGGCGCGUUCCUCAGUUUCGUGGACAGACUGGUGGCCAGGCUGUUGGGCAGGGAGGGCGGAGGGGCCGCCGACACGGGCGGUGCUCAGAGUGUGGAACACUGCGCGCGCUGGGCGCUGCUCGCCUGGGACACCUUCUGCAGGGAGGUGCUGCGCAGGAUGCCGCAGAACGGAGCGGCCGGCGGCCUGUACCACUGGCUGACCGAGUACCUGCAGUACCGUCUGCAGCUGAUCUGUACCCGUCGGGCAGCCACCGGGAGGCUCUCGGAACUCUGCUCGACAGAGUACAACGCCGGCGGCAGCGGCAGCAGCGACAAUAGCUGCGCCGGCAGUGACGACAGCGGCGUGCAGCGCUCCCCGCCGACCGGUCAGCCGUCCCCCGAGUACCCCGGCCCCCAGCGGGGGGCGCAGCAGACUCCAGGGGACGGCUUCCCCGCCGGGGCCGGCCACCCGGCCGACUGGCCCAAACACGAGCACACUGACACCUAUUGUGCUGAAUCUGGAUGAAGGAUGAAAAAUAUGGAAAGAGAAGUGUAAAAGGCAAUAGAAACACUUAUCUCCGACACUAUCGUGGUGAAAACUAUAACGGAGAAAUGGCGAAGACUGACAAUCUGUGUCUGGGUGUAUGAAGAUCAUAGGCCGCUUAUUCCUCUUCGCUGCGGGCGAAGAGAACUGCAGCAGGGAGACGUCUAAAAUCUUCCCCCAGAUAAGAUUUUACUGAGUUAGUUGGAAACUUCUGUCUGGAUUAUUUAUGGAAAUUUGACAAUGUGCAGUGAAAAUAACUGACCGUUAAUCUUGUGUGAAAUAAAGUUUGGGCUGUAUGA